GAGCUUAGAGCUCCCGCGGCCAGCGGCAUAUCCCUCCGUCUCCGUCUCCGUCUCCCUCUCUCUUCUCGCCUCCCACGGCGCCCGGGUUCCCACGGCGGGAGGAGCGGCGGCGAGGCCUGCACGUGCACGCGAUGACGGCCGGUCGCCGGAGCUGCCUUGCCGGCUUCGGCGAGGUCAACCUUGGAUGAUAAGAAAGUCAAUCUCUUUCGUGCUGCGGUCUGCGGAGACCCUGAUCUCGCCAUCGAAGCACACGCUGGAUCUCCGUGGCUGGCACCAUCAUGCUGCAGUACCUGGACUUCUCUCAUGCCAGCACCUCAAGAAAGUGGGGGCACAAGCGACAGGGCGAUGGAUUUGAAGCUCCAAGGAACAGUAUGGAGUUCGCCUUGGAGGCUUCCCACAGCUACGGCGUUUUCCAAGAGGAUGUCCCGUAUUCCUGCAAUACGAAGCAGCACCCAAAGUCCGGGCUCAGCCACAGCACCCCAAUCAAGAAGCUGAUCCAUGAGGACAUUUCCUUCAGAACAAAUGAAGGCCACAAGCAGAGGCCGGGUGUCAUCGCCAGAUUGAUGGGCAUGGACUCACCUCCGCAGAACGCAACCACUGAAUCCAUCAGCCGUUCAGAAGAAAGAAGAUCAGAGGUCACCCCAAGAUCAGUAUCAAGAAGUAGAGAUCCUUCUGAAAUGAUCUCAACCAAGCAUGUCUCCUUCGUGCAACACAAUAAGGACUCCACCAAGCAUGCACCAAAGCAAGAAAUCCGAGCCUACGACGACGAGAGGGAUCUGUUUGGGCAUCAGCUGAGCAAGCGUAACAAUGAGUGGAGUAUGCCGCAGCCUCGAGAGCACCCGCAGGAGGAGGAGCUGCAGAAGUUCAAGAAGGACUUCGAGGCGUGGCAGGCGAGCAGGGCGUGGGAGCAGUCAAGAAGUUUCGAGCUGGAGAGUAACCUCGUCGACGACGACGACGACAGGUGCACGGACAUCGUGCCGUACAGGCACCAGCACCACAAAGGAAAAGAUGCUAGCAGUGGCAACAGGUACAUGCACUCCAAUGGCGAUCUGCAGCGGAGAAGAAGCAAGGAGAGCAGCGCGUCAAUAUCCGGAAGCCGUACGUUCUCUCUGACGAGCGCGGACGCGUGUUCCACAAGGUUGCCACUCUCCAGGUUCUACCACGAGGAGGAGAGGUCGUUGUCGCCGACGAGGAUCGUCGUCCUGAAGCCCUGCCCGGAGCUUAGCAUGGACGACAUUGAGGAGUCGUCGCUGGGGUCGCCGGAGCUGGUGAAGAAGGAGAACAACAUGGAGGCCUUCCUCGAGGAGGUGAAGAAGAGGCUAAAGAUUGAGCUCGAGGGGAGUAUGGCCUCCGACGACAAGGCGGACCGGUGGCCUGCCGGAGGCGACAUCCCGGCCGACCCGAAGCAGAUCGCGCGGAACAUCGCCAACCAGAUCAGGGAGAACGUGACGAGGGACUUGCACCCGGCGCUGGUACGGUCGGAGUCGACUCGAUCGUACCGCAGCGACGGGACAUUCAAUGGGCAGAGCCAGAUGGACUACAUCGGCAGAGAUGCCAGGAGGCAGCUCUCUGACAGACUGAAGAACGUGCUGAAAAGGGACCCGGACGCCGAGCCGCCGUUCUCUCACCGGAGAAGGCCCACCUCGACGUCGUUCGACGAGGAGCCGAGGCCCAAGCCAAGGCACCACGACAUGGCAUCAAGGAAGGGGAAGAUCAAGAGCAAGGAGGAGAAGAAGUGCGCGAUCGAGUCCGACGUCAUGUCCUUCAGAUACGGAUCGAACAAGACACCAACCCAAUUGGACUCCGAGCCAGUGUCGCCGAGAAACCUCAUGAGGUCCUUCUCGGCGCCGGUGUCCGGGACGACCUUCGUGAAGCUCCUCUCGGAGGAGCCGCGGGUGCUGACCGGAGCACGGCUGCAGCGCAAGCAAGAAGGCCACGGGAGCAGGCCGUCGUCGGAGGAGAGGAAAGGGAGGAAGGACGCGUUCAGCAUCAAAGGCAAGGUGUCCAACUUGAGGCAGAACCUGGGUCUCAGAGCGAAGCUGUUCGGCAAGAAGUUCCACGCCUCCGACGAGUCGUCGUUUCCGGACGACCUCCCUCCGAUCGGCACGCUCGUCACCGCCCCCUCCGUUCUCAUACACCCCGGCGUCCUCCAGGAGAACUCCACGGAGGUGCCGCCGAGCCCGGCGUCCUGGUGCAGCAGUCCGCCUGACGAGAUGAGCAGGGGAGGCUACCCGAGUCCCGUCUCGCCAUUGGAGGCCUCCUUCGGCGAGCACCGGUCGCCCUUGAGGACGGCAGCUGCGGACAUGAGCUCAAGUGCUUGUGAGCUAGGAGUCUUGUCAGAACAAGUUCAGCUUGAAGAAGAACAAGCUGAGACAAGUCCUGUCCCGGACGACGAUAUGGACGAGUUGGAUCACCCCAUCAAAUCUUUCAUCAGAACUGUUCUUGUUGUCGCCGGCUUGUACGGAACGAGGCAGAAUCCUAGCAAUUUGACAUCGGACUACGAAGCUAUUAAGCUGAUCCCCAAGCGGGUGCUGGAGGAAGUGGAGUCCUCGUCCUCAACCUCAGCAUCAUCAUCAUCAUCAGAUAGCGGUGCUCUUACAGAAGUCGAUCGCCGACUCCUCCUCGACCUGAUCAACGAGGCGCUGCCGGGAGCCGUCCGGGCGUCGACGACGCUGUGCACAUUCGGCAAGUGCUAUACGGCGCGGCCCAGCGGCAAGAAGCUGCUGGAGGCGCUGUGGAAGUCCGUGCAGGUGUGGCUGGAACCUCCAAGCGACAAGACGACGUUGAGCUCCGCCUCCGUGGACGUGCUGAUUGAGCGCGACCUGAGCAUGUCAGCGUGGCACGGCGAGUUCCGCGACGAUGCCGACGAGCUGGGAGGGGAGGUGGAGACGGACGUACUGGACGAGCUGGUCGACGAGAUGGUGUGGGACGUGCUCCUCAACGUCGGGUACUGAUGAUUUAUUGUAGGUCUCUUCUGACGGGCAUACUUGUACAUUUUGGGGUGCUUUUUUUGGUACCUCUUUCUGAGUGCUUGCUGGAACUGCGAUCGGAUGUUAAUUAGGUGAGUGAGAAAUGUAACUAUGUUUGCGUGUGAAGAAUGCUAAAGUUAAUCUACAGUAUGUGAAAGAUUGAUUUUGGAUGUGGAAAUGAAGAGGAAGAGAUAGUCCAAUGUUCA